GCGCAACUUGCGCAGCAACGCCAACUUCCUGCAAAAUAGUGCACCGUUUCAAAGACAAAGCUUUACACUUUGGAUUCAAUUGGAGAUUCAUAAAUAUUAGCGUUGUGAUUUCUCACCUUAAAUGGGUCCGCACAGAACUCCCGAGUCCAGAGACUAGGCUGUGACGGCGCGCUAUCUUGUCGGGUCGCUCUGCCGCUAAAAUGGACGACUCGCAGGAGCUGCCGGCAAAGAAAGCCAAGCUUGAAGUAGACAAUGGAUUGGAGAAAGAGCAAAGUAAUAAUAAUUUGGGAGAAGAUGGAAGCCCUGGCGCUGUGCUAGCUCCGUCAGAGCAGGGAAGCUCUUACUCUGCCCUGUCCAUCUCCCAACUCGGUACACGAGAUCGGGCGACCGAAGGAGAUAUCGGAGCGGCACCACAGUUGAACUCGUACGCACACUCUGCCACAGACGCAACAGCCGGGUCCGAAUACACCCAGCAGGUCUACGAAGGAAGCAACACUGUGGUGACAUCAUACCCCAGCCCGGUGGCCUUCCCUCAGCUGACUCAGUCUGCCGUGUAUUCAGCUUUUCCACAGACAGGCCAAACGUAUGGCCUCCCGCCCUUCGGUGCUAUGUGGCCAGGCAUAAAAACAGAGACAGGUCUGCCAGAGGCGCCCUCUGGUGGCCAGCCUGGGUUUCUCAGCUUCAGCACCACAUAUACCUCAAGCCAGCCAAGUCAGCUGCACUACUCAUACCCCAGCCAAGGCUCAAGUUUCACAACAUCCAGUGUGUACUCCAACAUCCCAUCAGCUACAGCUGCAACCACAGCAGCCACCACGGUAGCUCUCCAAGAAUUUAGCGGCUACAACUCUCUGGGACAGAGCCAGUUCUCGCAGUAUUACAGCCUGCCUUCCAGUUACGUGCCCGCGGGCCUGCCCAACAGCGACGACCACGGAGCCGCCGUGGGAGGGGCCGUGUACUCGGCCGUGAAGUCCAAAGAAGCCGCCUCGGCCGCAUUACCUCCCAGAGAUGCGUCCCCGCCGGAGAAUCUCCCAGCGGGGGCGGCCCUGCCCACCAGCGUGUCACAUCCUGCUGGAGCCAGAGACCAAGAUGAGGUGGGCCGCAGGAACUCGAUGGGAAAAGCUAAAGGGAAGGCCAAAAAGUGUGACAGCUCUCCACCUACUGAAAAUGACCUGGAGCGUAUCUUUCUGUGGGAUUUGGAUGAGACUAUUAUUAUAUUCCACUCACUGCUCACAGGCUCCUUUGCGCAAAAGUUUGGCAAGGACCCAGCGAGCAUGCUGAAUUUGGGCUUGCAGAUGGAGGAGUUUAUCUUUGAGUUGGCCGACAACCAUCUGUUCUUCAACGACUUAGAGGACUGUGACCAAGUCCAUGUUGAGGAUGUCGCCUCGGACGACAACGGGCAAGACUUAAGUAAUUACAAUUUCCUGGCGGACGGAUUUAACGGCCCCAGCGGCGGAGGAGCGGCAGGAGCCGCUACAGGCGUCCAGGGAGGUGUGGAGUGGAUGCGCAAACUGGCCUUUCGCUACCGCCGCCUAAAAGAGAUUUACAACAGCUACAAGGGAAAUGUAGGAGGCUUGCUAAGUCCAGUGAAAAGGGAGCUGCUUUUACGGCUUCAGUCCGAUAUUGAAAACGUGACCGACUCCUGGCUCAGCACAGCGCUCAAGUCUCUACUGCUUAUUCAGGCCAGGGGGAAGUGUGUUAAUGUCUUGGUCACCACAACUCAGCUGGUACCAGCGCUGGCUAAAGUGCUGCUCUACGGCCUGGGAGAUGUUUUCCCCAUAGAGAACAUCUACAGCGCCACAAAAAUAGGUAAAGAAAGUUGCUUCGAGAGGAUCGUCUCUCGCUUCGGGAAGAAAGUGACUUAUGUUGUCAUAGGCGACGGGCGCGAUGAAGAGUUUGCAGCAAAACAGCACAACAUGCCUUUUUGGCGGAUCUCCGCUCACGGCGACCUGGUCUCCCUGCACCAAGCGCUGGAACUGGACUUCUUGUAAAGGGCAUUCAAGGAGAAAACUACAGCAGCCAGUUAUUGUUUGUGGAUGGACACAGAUCAAGAAUCUUCUGCGCCUCCCAACGCCGCGUAUUUACAGACAGCUGUGGACUCGCUGAUAGAUGGUCAAUAUGGAUCGAGGUGGACUGUUAGGAACGGACUCAGCGUCCAUUCGGCUGCUUUCGACGUCCUAGUGGCCAGCACUCCCUAUUCUUUGGCAGCUAAUCUCGCCACUGUUAAAAAAAACUAUUGUAUUCAUUCGGACGUCUCCCUCCUUGAGUUCAAAUGACUAAAUAGCCUUUGCUUCAUGUGUGCGGUGUUUGCAUUCAAAAUGUUUCAUCCAUCAUUUAUUUCUGGGCUCAUUUGCACUCGUUUUGUUUGCACUCAGUUUGACAAGUACGGUGAACCCCUGCUAGAAAAAAAAAUGGAAUUGCCCCCCCACCCCCAGAAUGGAUUCCAAUUGCUUUAAAUUGCCACAAAAGCACUAUUUGCCUUAAUGAAACUCCUCAACUCACGAAACCUUAGUUACUUGACACAAAGAUGGCGGAAAAGCACUAGUUUUUUUUUUUUUUACCCCUCAAAUACUUUAACAUAAUCCGGGAAUACCGAAGCGCGACUAUACAGGGGUUCACUGUUAUUGAUCAUCUGUUUGCUGAUUAGUUUUUGUCUCCUACUGCAACAUUUGAAAUGUAAGAAGGAAGCCUCACACAAUUCUAUACAAUCAAUUUAUAUUAGUAACAAAAGUUUUGAGCCUGUGGAAAUGGUUGGGUGUUCAGAUGAGCUGAAAUUUCAUUCACUUUUUGAGAGGGGGGAGAGAAGAAUUAUUUUCCCACAUUAACAAUAUUGAUAAAAUAUUCUGGAUAGCACAAGCUCAAGUGUCCUUCAAGAGUGUUCACAUAUGGAACUUGGUAUUAAACUCAAGCAUUGGUUGACAUUUGCUGUUUAAAUAAGUAGAUAAGAAUGUGACCCUUGUAAAUAAUUAUCUAAGUCACAUUUUGGGAUUCCGCUCGGAUGAUUACUGAUUUGACCCCCCCCCCCCCCACACACACACACACACACACAAUUAUUGUCAGCAGUGCUUCAUUCAUGCAAUUAAAUGUCAAACCAAAUAUUUACCAAAAAAUGAAAAUAUUAAAGCAUCUUGGGAAAGUUUGCUUUAUGUUUGAAAAUAUGCUUUAUAUUGGAGAAUACAAUGCAUUGUCAUUCAAUCGGUACAAAGCAGAUCAAAGGUGGAUGUGCAAUACAUUUUUCCAUUGGUUUGACACUAAAAAAGGGGAGGGGGGGGUUCAAAUUUGUCCGCACGACAUGAUGACUGAACAAUUCUGAGCCUGAAGGUUUCGUCUUUACUCACUCGCAGCUUUUGGAUCGUUAAGAAUGUGGAUUUUGAGUGUUUUCUUCAUUUUGUUUUGCAUAUUUAUAUUGUGCCUUUAACCAUUUGUAUGCAUAAUCUCAAAGGGAAAUGUGUACGUUUUUGUUUAGUCCUUGUAACUAUGUAUUGUUAUCCUGAAUGUUAAAUUGCUCUUUUUCGGGGGAAAAAUGUGUCCUUUUGUUUUAAAUGUAGUCGAGAAAAAAAAAUCUUGACUCCUGUGUGUGUGCUCUGUAUUACUGUUAAAUAGAUGUAUUUGCAUUUAUUGGUUGUUGUGACAUCAUCUUGGCUUGGAGACAAUCAAAAAGUAAUACAUAGUAUUACCGGCUCGAAACGACAACGCGGUAAACAAAUUGAACGAAACAUUUGUAUUGUUUUUGUUCACUUUAUGUACAAUUGACAAAAUGGCUCGACUAUUUCUGAUACAUGACACAAUUCUGUGAUAAUUCUGCAUGUCUGUUUUAAAGUAAACAAUGUUGAAGGUUCAAUGUUAUUCAAUUUUUUUUUUCUAAAUCAUCUCAUUUAAGGGGGUCUUUUAGACCACCGUAGCUAUCUAGGACCUCAACAGAUAUCUGUAAAGAUUUUCUGUUUAUCUGAUAAAGUCAAUACAUUGUAAAUACCCUGA